GAGAUUCAAACAACUUGUGUUACAUGGUCUCUAAAGUCCAGGGUUCCAGAAUGGACGAGCAAAGGUGCUCUAUACCUCAACUCCUAACCCCGGCAACCCAGUGUGCACCAAAAAAGGGUGCGUCUGGAUCUGGUUCAGGCCCUCCACGUUCGGCCUCAUUCAGCCCCGGCUCAUACAUAGAACGACUAAAGACUAAAGAUAAAGCAUCUCAAAAACAGGCCUCGACUCCAGCUGAACAGGAAAACAUUUUUUCCUUAAUGAGUCAUUUCCAGCGUGGGCGAAUGGAUGAGCAGCGAUGUGUCUUAAAUGUUAGUUCCCAGUCCACACCCAAAUACAAACCCAGUCAGAGCACUGUGCCCAAAGGUCCGGAUUCUGAAAUGUUCUUCAGCCUGCUGUCCAACUCUCAGGGCCGACGGCUUGAUGACCAGCGAGUCUCUCUUCCUUCGUUGCCAGGGAUACAGAAUGGAGGUACCACAUCGACAUCAACUGCUGCAGAGAAGGAUGCAAGCUACUUGUGUUACAUGGUCUCCAAAGUCCAGGGCUCAAGAAUGGAUGAACAGAGAUGUUCAGCACCUCACAUUUCCCAAAAUCUGGGUACCCCAUCUACUCACUGCAAAGAACAUCCCAGUUCAGACACAUCUAAUAAACCUCCCCAAAAGUCUCCCUCCAUAAACCGCGGCAAACCGGACCAACAUGGGCAGGAGACAUCUGCUGACCAGGAGCAGUUCUUUAAAAUGAUGAGUCAUGCACAAGGGCGACGUAUGGAAGACCAACGUUGCUCUUUACAACCCGGCAGAAGUACACCUGCCACACCCACACACAAUGGAAGCGCUUUAAAUAGUAAACCCACAGGUGCAGACGCUGACGCAUUCUUCAAAAUCAUUGCCUCCAGUCAGGGACGACGGCUAGACGAUCAGCGUGUUGCACUACAUACCCUUCCAGGGAUAAGUGGGAAUGCUGAAAGAAGCAAUGAAAAUGGUAGAAAUGCAAAGGCUGGAAUCCCAGCUUCUCCACUGCACAUCCCCGUGUCUGAAAGUACACCAACAACAUCAAGGAAGGACUGUUACAGACCUACCUCACCAUCCCGAAUGGCUUAUGCAGAAUCUGGCUCCCCCAGAGCCGUAUCCAAAUCUGCUUCAUUUACCCUUGAGACAGAAUAUCAGAAAAAGCUAAAUUCCCCAGCACAGGGUGGAAGUGAUGCUCCUUUCUCAGAUUCCCAUGUGUGA